AGACAUUGUCACUGGAGGAGAAGCAGAAAUUAGCGAAACAACAGGAGCAACAAAGAAUUUACAAAGCUCAGAAGCCUUUAGGUACUUCAACCAACAGUUCUACAACAAAGUCACCACAGACCGCCCGGGUUACAAAUACUGGUGUGAAAGACCUUACAUCAUCUCUGAUGAAUUCUAAUAUGGUUGGAAUACCUCCAUCAUCUAACAGGACAUCCAUGAGUUCUGCAGGCAUGACAGCCAGUGCUUCUAUGACUUCGAGUACUGCAAAUGCUUCAAGAGCUACCGGGCCAAUAGCACCAAUGUUUGGAACAAGUUCUGGGACAGCAAAUAGAACUAUGGGGCAACCUCUGAUGGGUCAAAGUUCAAUUGGCACAUCAGGAGGCAUGGGACAAAGUUCAAUGGGCAUGUCAAGUGGUAUGGGUCAAAGUUCAAUGGGCAUGUCAGGUGGUAUAGGUCAGAAUUCAGUGGGCAUGUCAGGUGGUAUGGGUCAAGGUUCAAUGAGCAUGUCAGGUGGUAUGGGUCAAGGUUCAAUGGGCAUGUCAGGUGGUAUGAGUCAAGGUUCAAUGGGCAUGUCAAGAGGUAUGGGUCAAAGUUCAAUGGGCAUGUCAAGUGGUAUGGGUCAAAGUUCAAUGGGCAUGUCAAGUGGUAUGGGUCAAAGUUCAAUGGGUAUGUCUGGUGGUUUUGGAAUGAAUCCCAAAUCAACUAUGAUGGGACAGAACAAUCUGUCCGGUCAGAAUGCAAACAUGUCUUCCUUUGACAGUUUGUUGCCUAUGUCAUCGAGCCAACAACCCAAACUAUCUUUGAACCAGAUGUCCCAGUCAGCUAUCAGACCUCAGCAACAACAGACAUCAAAUCAGUUUGGAAUGAUGGGAAAUAAUAUGGCCACCCCAAUGGCUGGUAUGAGCCAGGUUCCUGGUAUGGGAGGUGGACAGUUUGGUGGAGGUCAAGGUUACGCACAGAACUCCACUGGAAUGCUUCAGCCAAUGGGAUCACAGCUACAACAGCCUAUGGGGAGUCAUGGAAUUCAGCCAAUCAAAUCACAAGGAAUGUCCAACAACUCGUCAUCAAAUGAUCUCUCUGAUAUAUUUGGUUAAUAGCUGUGUGAGUGCUAGCAAGCUGCCACUUAAAGUGCUAGUACGACACCAAAAGUGUUAUAUACAGUUAAUAAUUUAUCUUACUAAGGUCACAGGUAUAUUGACUUCAUCAGAGGAAUGUGGACUCUUGGCAUACUGAGGUAUCUGUUUUACGAAUGAAUUAUUGAUUAAAAUGUUAUACAAGCCCAUUUACUAAGGAGGGGAUGUAUAGUUAUACAUUAUAUCUAUGGGAAUCCUCAAUCACUUUACUUUUAUUCUCAAAGAAAGUUGUUAGCAUAUAUCAUUUUGAUGUGCUCUCAAUUCUAGACUCCUGCAUCAAUUUACAGAUUUUGUUUUAAUAUCACAAUUAGGUCAUACAUCCAUGAGAUGGUCAUGUAUGACACAUAAUGUCUUUAUCAAUAUUAAUUGGAGCUAUCUAGCAAUUGAAUUGGAGCAAAUCAUGAAAAAAUAAGUAGCUGAAUAUUAACAGGAAUUUGCAUGAAAAUGUCUGACCUUGUCUGUUUUAGUGAUAAUGUAUCUGUUGUGACAAAUGAUGCCUGUACAAUUCAACAGUUAAUUAUGAUAUAAUUUGUACUUGUAUUGGGUGUUAGAGUACCUCUACUAAGUCGAGGGCUACGUUUCCUCCAAAGCAAAUUUUAGUGACAAUAUUCAGUGUCGAAUACAAUAUAUGGCUGGCAUGAAUUUAGAAGACUUUGUAACUUUAUGAGAUUUAUUAUUUUCUGACUGGUAUUGUUAUAAUGUAGGUAUUAUAUGUUGAGUUUCUAUAAAUCACCCUGACCUCUAAUUAACUCCAACAUUAGAUCCUCCCCUUAACUCAGACUUAUUCACGAUCUCCUUGCUAUCAUACUAAAUAUGUAAAUUGUGAAGUAUACUUCCUGAGCAUUCCAUUGUUUAUGUUCCAUUGUUUCUAUGUGUUGUAUUGUGACACUAACAUGCUGUGAUAGGCAAUGGUCCAACCACACCCUUAAUUACCAUGUGCAAUUUAUUUUUAUUAACACAUAUCUGUUGUAUUUUCUGUAGUAGCCUAGCAUUAUGUGUUUAACUAUGAUACAUACACAUACAAGUGCUUUUAAUUUCCACAAAUACGGCUUGCAUUCAGUUCCCCUAGUCUUGAUACAGCAUUAAUAUUGAUUUUCUCCUGCCAACACAACUCUAUCAUUCUGAUCUACGAGAGUUAUUCCCCUUCCUUCCUCUCUAACAGCUCUGAAUAGUGGUGUAUGUACAUAUAAUAUAUAUAUCACAGUGAGGGAGUGGGGGGGGGGGGGGCACUACAUACAGGAUAUAAUGUCUGUGGUGUAACGGCAGGGUUAUCACAGGAUAAAACAUGACACCCAUCACCUCCAGGUACUUAACAAUUAAUCACCAGAUUAGGCAGCUCCUAACUGAUCCAAGAGAUAUUUCUAUUUAUAUAUGAUCAUGUGUUAAUCGAGUCAUAACCAAUAUAUUAAGGAUAUCUACUAGAUACAUGUGAGUACAUACAUGUAGCAGUCCAACCUUACAUAGACUUCAUCUCUGGUUUGUUUACUAAAGGCAAAUAUUUCUCUCUUUGUUUAGGUUACAGACUUUUAUUAUCAGACUUAUAUAUAAUAUAAGUCUGUCCUUAGAUUAACUCUGCAUGUAUAACAUGCAUUUUGGUAAUCAUGUAGGUGUUACAUUAGUCCAGAUUAAUUAUUCUGACAUUUUAUCAACAUUUUUUAUAUCUCUGGUGUAGAUUUCUGAUGAUAUAAAAAACUCCAUAAAAGAUUGGAAUACUUUGGACUAGUGUUACAUGAAAGUGUAUGAAAUCAUGACCCUUUCAUAAACUAGGAAAUGUGAGUUCAAACUAAAUAUCUGUAAUGUGUUCCAAUUUCACCAUGCAGCUUAGAAAAUUUCUACUUGAAAAUUUUACCUGAUAAUAUUAGAAUUGUUAACUAGUACACUACAAUGUUAAAAAUGCUUGAUGUAUACAUGUUAUAUAUUGUGUGACAGAAAUAGAUGUAUGUACAAAAGUUAGGUGAGAUAUAUAUAAAUUUAACAUGUACACUGUCUUGUAUAUGUACAUGUAUUAUCUACCUGAUUGGAAAAACAUUCACAUGUGUAACAGUACGUUAUACGAGAGAAAUAAACAAAAAGUUGGUGAUAAAACA